AUGGCCUCCACCGACUCCACCGUCCCUGAUACUAGCACCGGCGACUCAGCCGGCGGGCACGCAGGCCAAAGCUUCACAGACAAAGCCAAGUCUGCCCUUAAGGGCAACGUGCCCACCGCCGACAAGGGCACCGAACAGAGUGCUGAAAAGGAUGUAAAGGAAAGGAUGGAUCAGGGCGUAGGCAAGGACACUGGCUCGAGUACUACACAGAACACGCUGCUAUAA